UUCCCGCGUUUUUCUCACCUGUUGCAUUUGGCGUGUACAUUUGCAGUGUAGAUUUUGCGGUGUGAAUUGCUUAAGUAUGGAAGAUUAUCUUUCUGCUGAACUCACAGCCACUUGCGCUGUGCUUGGAUAUUAUGAUGGCGCCAAUUACCAUUUAGACAAGUAUUGCUUAGAUGUUAUAAAAGAUUUGAUCAGAUAUCUUAAGAGAGAUGACGAUACUCACACUAUUAGACGCUUUCUUGGUCGAACAAAAUUACUUCAGACAGAUCUUGUAAAAAUUCUUGUAUAUCAUGUCAGUAAUAUUGAACUUUGGGAUGUAUUAUUACGAUUAGUUAUUAAUUUAACAAGUCCUGCAUCUGUAAUCUAUAAUGAACAGAUACCAACUGAAAAAACAAUAUAUCAUUUCUAUCAACAAAUUGUCUCAUACUUACAUGAAUAUAAAGCUGCGUUAACUGAUGAUAAUAUAUGGUUGACAGUAGCCAGUCGUUUAGCAAAUCUACUUGACAUUGAUAAUACAGAAAGAGAAGAGGAAAAUGAGAUGACAAUUGAAAGGAUACUCAUUUUUAUCAGAAAUGUAUUACAAGUACCAGCUAAUGAUAAUGAUAAAAGAACUAAUAAUGAUGCUACUGUUCAUGAUAAGAUAUUAUUUGCAUAUCAUACAUCGGGCAUUGUGGACAUAUUAUUGUUUAUAGUUAGUAACCAAAAAGAACAACAGUAUCACAUGCAGGUCUUAGAGAUUGUAUCUCUGAUGUUGCGUGAACAAAAUGCAAGUCAAUUGGCUGUAUCUGGAUUACAACGUAGUACUGCUGAAAAGGAGGAAGAUGAGACAAGGCUAGUAACUUUAUUACAAAAGGAGCUGCAGGAAAAGAUGAACAAGAUGAAAAAAUAUGUUGGGUCUAGGCAUUCACGAUUUGGCGGUACUUAUAUUGUGCAAAAUAUGAAAGCCACCGGAGAAAAUCAAAUGAUAUGUCACAAACCAUACCAGAAGAUUGAAGCUUUAGAAUUUGGCCACAACAAGAAAAGAAUAAAACGACGCAAAGACAAAAUAGGCCUACAAGACGCUAAAGAGGAACGUAUGUCUGCUCUUAACGUACGACUUUUCCUCAAAGAAUUUUGCGUAGAAUUCUUGAGCGGAGCUUACAAUCCCGUGAUGAGAUUCGGUAGAUCUUGCAUCAUCAACGGCAUUCAUGGUGACGUAUCUGAAACGGUUUCCUAUCUGUGGGCCUUACGUUUCUUCAUGGAGUUCAAUCGCCAUUACAAGUUCCAAGUGAAAUAUGUGAGCGAAACUAUAUCCACGGGAGUAUUCCACUUAGUACAAAGACAAAUGGACCAAUAUUACGAGAUGAUUCUCACUGAUAAAAAAAGAAUACCGGCUUGGUCACGUAGAUUGCAUGUAGCAUUAAAAGCAUAUCAGGAACUUCUUAAUACUUUAAUGGCAAUGGACAAGAGUGCAGAUCACAGUGUUAGAGAGUCCAGCAAAAUAAUUAAAAGUAACAUCUUUUAUGUUCCGGAAUAUCGUGAAACGAUGCUGUGUCAAUUUUUAUAUUACGAUGAGAAUAAGAUGUCACGACGCUACUUGGUGGAUCUUGUGACUACUGUUCAUAUAUUUCUGAAAAUGCUGGAAUAUUUCUGUGAGAAGGGUCAACGUCAUCUAAUAGUUCAAAAAGUGAAGCCCAAGAGGCAGAAGGUCAAGAGGCGGAAAAAGCCUUCUCACAAGGAUAUAACUCCGACUGCUACUUUGGAAGAACGCUGGGACACAGUUGGUCCCGAAAUAUCCGCUGUGAUACAAGGUGGCAACAUACCAGAGGUGAUGCCGUUUGAUGCAACUUUAGAGACACCCAUAGACGAUCAGAAAGCAGACGCCAUGAAGAGAAUCCAGAAAUUAAUGCGGCAGGAGAACUUGGAGCAGGCGGUUGGUCUUCUACGUGCAGCAAGAGAGAUCUGGCCUGAAAAUGACUGCUUUGGUAGAGUGAACAUACCCCCGGAGGAAGAGUUUCUGGCUUUACGUGAAAUCUUCUUCGCAGACCUGGGCGUAGUAGAGGAUCAGCCGGUCGCUCAAGGAACGAUAAACGCGGACGAAGACAUUGAGAAUUCCGUAAAUCGCGAAGAUGAGAGCGAGGAGGACGAUGAGGAGGAGGAGGAGGAGGAGGAGGAAGGGGGAACUAUUUUCCAGGAGACUGAUUUUAAAUUGGACGAAUUUAUUCAAAGGUUCGCUAAUGUAAAAGUGGUUAGAGCUUUGGCGCUACUACUGCAACAAUUCGAGAGCAAUACGGUCGAGGUAAACCACUAUGUAGCCAAAAUGUUACAUCGAAUUGCUUGGACCUGCAAAAUGCCGGGCAUGAUAUUCCAGGCGUCCAUCUUUCGGACUUUUCAAAGAAUCCUUGAUUCAGAGAAUCCUGCACACAAGGAGCUGCAAAAGUUCGCGGUCUUCAUAAUCCGUCGUUUCGUCGAAGUCGCCCAGAAAAACCGGAAGUCGUACAUGGAGCUGCUCUUCUGGAAGACCAGCCGCGACGCGACAGAAAUCGUGGAUGGCUACAGCGCAGAAACGACUAACAAGAAAGUUUCACGAGCAGUCUGGACUGAGGCGGAAGAGGACGAGCUGCGUACCCUCUUCAUGGAGCAUCAGACUAACAAAUACUCCCAGGACUUGAUUGACUGGCUGCUGCAACAUAUCAUCAGUGAGGACAGGACGCGGCGUACCGUCAUCAAGAAGCUCAAAGAGAUGUAUCUGAUCGUGAACUCUAAGGGCGUGCGAGCCGAGGUACAAAAGAGGUUGCCUAAGGAGUGGUCUGAAGAAGAAAUCGCCCAACUUACCGAACUUUGGACGCAGUUCAAAGAGGACGACGAUCCCGUGGAUUUGAUUUUCACCGGUCUUAGAAUAAAGCGGCCGAAGCUGAAGAUCAAGGAGAAGCUUUUGGAAUUAGGACUCGCGCUGGAUCGCAAGGAACUGCGCAAAAAGCGAGCUAGAAGAAGCAGCCAGGGUAAAUCGUCGUGGGAAACGCAAGCUGCCAGUAAUUCUGACGGGAACGAAAGUUCAGCCACCGACGAAGACGGAGAAGAAACUCGAAAAUCCUCGAAGCGCGACGGCGGCGCGUCUCGACCGAGCAAACCGGCGAAAAAGAAGCAGCGAAACAGGAGGAAGCUACCGACGAUCGUUUACACGGAUGCACAAUUAUUCGGUCUCUUGAAGGACGUCAUCGACAAGGACAUGAAGGAGGCGUUGGAAUGGAUCAAGGAAUCCUUGCAAGAUAUCCUGGACGAUCGUGACGAGGAGAGCUUCGAAGGCAUACCCUUGGUGCCGCUGACAGAUUAUUCGUCGGCCGCGAUGGAUUCGCCGAGUUUUCAAAAGCUCCUUCGCGCCAUGGGAUUUGUACCACCGGCUGAUGCCCAAGAAUCUUAUUGGCGCGUCCCAGCGAAUAUGCUUACGAGCACGAUUCAAAAACGUAGCAAACUCAUCGAGGACGUUCUGGCCGGUGAAUUUGUCGUCGCGGAGACUUCAGUGGAAGCGCGCGGCAGAGAUCAUUCCGACAGCGAGGAAAAGUUGGACGACAGCGAGGACGAUAUCGACGUGUUCGAGAAUGUUAAGAAGUUCUUCGCGCCCAAAGAACCUGUACCGUCGACCUCCGGGCAAUCAAGACCGAUCGUUGAAACGCAAUUACCUGGAAAAUCCACAAAGUCUCCGAUGACAGACGAAAAGAGCGAUGCGGUAGUUACGGAAAAAAUCAGUGCAGAGAACACGGACAACAAGGCGAGAGGUCGUGCGAUUAUACUCGAUGAUUCCUCGGAAUCCGAGAUGGAGAUUGAAAAGAACAUCGAUGAUAAAUACGAUGCAGAGACAAAAAGAAGUAUAUCCGAUUCUUCCGAUACGGAUAAGCCGUUGAAGAAGAAGCGUCGAUUAUUCGACAGCGAUGAAGAAGAGGCGGAAUCACUGAAGGAUGAAAAUAUCGUGAGAAACGGUGCUCGCAUAGUAAUCAGCGACGACGAAGAGUCAGCAUCCAAUGUACGAUCUGAACGGCCGAAAUCGUCUCAUGUAAUAAUUAGCGACGAUGAGGAUUAAAUAAUCGCGUUUUUCAUUGCGUGGCAGUUUCCAUUUUCUAAGCAUUUGAAUAUUUUGACAGUCCAGUCCACCACCGUGUUUUACAACUGCAAUAAAAGACCAUUGAAGUGUGAAAUAUGGCGAAUAACGAUUGGCGCGUUGUUAUUUUUCGCAGUUUCCCAAAAACUCACAAGAUGACAAGGUCUUGACAAGGUUAUCGCGAAGGCCGCCUGCGCAAAAAGUACUUGGAGGGUUUCAUCGUCGUAUGUUAUCAUUCCGUUAGCUUCAGUUGAGAAGGUGACGCAUUGGCGGGAGAAAAGUCCGUCAACAGGUAUCGGCUUUACCUACGGGCAAGAGAGCUGCGGGUAAAUCCGGAGCAAGGAGCAGUUCAACAACCGCCG